GGGAGGUACGGGAUCUGCUCGCCGUAUGGGGAGACGAAUCCGUGCUAGCUGAACUCUGUUCCAGUAAACAAAAUGCCAAAACAUUAGAAAGUCUCAAAGGGCAUGAAGGACAGAGGCCAUAACAGGGACGCACAGCAGUGCCGCAUAAAAAUUAAGGAGCUAAGACAAGCCUACCAAAAAAACAGAGAGGCAAACAGCCGCUCCGGAUCAGAGCCCCGAACAUGCUGCUUCUAUGAUGAGCUGCAUGCCAUGCUAGGGGGUGCAGCCACCAGUACCCCAACCCUGUGCUUUGACUCCGUCAAUGGAGAAUCACGCAACACGCAAGCGGUUUUUGGGGACGAGGAAGAUAGCUCGCAGAAAGGAAGCGGAGAAACCGCUUUUCCCAACAGCCAAGAUAUGUUUUUCACCCUGGACCUGGAGCCAGUAACCCCUGAACCCACCCAAGGCAUGCUCCCGGACCCUGAAGGCGGAGAAGGGACCUCUGCUGCAAAUGUUUCUCCUUUGCAGAGGCUAGCGAAGAUUAGAAGGCGAAAAAAUGCACUCGGGAUGAAAUGUUCUCUGAGCUUCUGCUGUCCUCCCGCACUGACAGAGCACAGCAGAAUGCGUGGAGGCAGACAGUGUCAGAGUGCAGGAGAACACAAUAUGAAUGCGCGGAGAGGUGGCGGGCUGAAGAUGAUAGGUGGCGUCAGCUUGCUGACAGAAGGCAAGAGUCGAUGCUCAGGCUGCUGGAAGAUCAAACUCAUAUGCUCCAGCGUAUGGUUGAGCUGUAGGAAAGGCAGCAGGAGCACAGACCACUGCUACAGCCCCUGUGUAACCAACAGCCCUCCUCCCAAGUUCCACAGCCUCCUCACCCAGACGCCCAAGAACAUGGUGUGGGCCUCUGGCCACCCAGCCACUCCACCUCAGAGGAUUGCCCAAGCAACAGAAGGCUGGCCUUCAAUAAGUGUUAAAGUUAUAAAGUUUUAAAGUUUUUUAAAUGCAGGGUGGCCUUGUCCUUCCCUCCUCCCCCACUCCUCCCGGGCUA